AUAUUCACUACGGACUAAUACUCGUUUAAACCAAAAUAACAACAACAAAAACAUUCCUAGCAUGCGGUCACUCUUUUUUGAAUAAGACUCUUUGUCAGCACUCCACUCUUGCCACUUCUUGAACAAGUCAACCAGAAGAGAAGUAUAAGUACCUGAGAUCCAGAGAAUUUUGCUUUCUAUCUUCAAUUUUGCCGGAUCUAUCCCCAUUUCUAAAGAUGGCCGCCUCAUUAUUAUUUACCGAAGAGCAAUUAAAAGUAUUUAAGAAAGGUUUCUCUGCCUUUGACAUAAUUGGCGAUGGCACCAUCACUACUAAGGACUUGGAUACUGCGAUGAGAUCAGUUGGUCAGAGGUUUACUGAGGCUGAGCUGUUAAAAAAGACCAGUCAGGUUGUAGUUGGUGAAGAUGGUAUUGGAUAUAUUGCAUAUUCGGAGUUUUUGACGAUGAUAGCUGAUAAGAUGAGGAAUAAAGUAUCGCAAUACAACAAAGCUUUCCGCGACGCGGACAAGGAUGGCAACAGACUCGUCUGUGCUGCCGACCUGCGUCAAGCGAUGUUAACCGUUAAUCAACCGAUGACGGAGGAGGAUAUCAAUGCAAUGAUCAAGAAAGCCGAUUCCAAUAAUGACGGUAUGAUCGACUAUAAAGAACUCGUUACGAUGAUUUUUGCUUAAUAAACUACUCGGUGAAGAUGAUGAACUCUUAUCUUCUAUUUCAACAUCGACAACCUGUCCCUUUUAUUCUCCCUGAGGAAUCUUUGGGAGAGGAUGAUAAUUAUGAUCGUUGUAUCAUUUUCCUUAUCUUGAUUUCAAUAUAUUCCGGUGAAUGUUUUUUUGAGCUGUCACUUUUUGUUUUGUAUUGUCUGUCUUUUUUCAAAGAGUGGUUCGAAUUUCACUUCACUUUAUUUCUUUACAU